CUCAAAAUAAGACGAAAAUCAAGAAUAACAUAUGAACGUUUUGAUAAUACCUACAAUCAUCACGUCAGAAAUUCAUCUUUUCAUUAGAAAUAAGUGUGACAAUCAUGACUCGUGUACAAACUGUGGUUAGUUUUUUACUUUGCUUGCAAUGUUUUCUAUAUCCAGUUUCAGGUUCAACAUAUAAUAUUAUUGAUUUACUAAAAGGACACACUAUUGACGAUGAAAUAUUGCAAGUUGAUAUUGAUUGGAAAUGUGAUUCUAAUGAAGAUUGUCCAGUACCUUCCACCCAUUGUACAAAUGGCACAUGUCAGUGCUCUACCGGUUAUGUUUACAAUGGACCUUUGACAUCAUGUCUUCGAGUUGCUACUGCGUAUGGCGACUACUGCGAGGAAUCGACACAAUGUUCUAAAUAUUUAUUCCGUGGCGGAACUUGCAUUAAUUCGACUUGCGUAUGUGCUGAAGGAUACUACUACAUGUAUGGGAGAUGUAAUAAAUAUUCAGAAUUAUUUGGAAAUUGUCUCAAGGACGUUGAUUGCCAUAUAAUUGGUGACUUCGAGGCAGUAUCUUGUGUCGAUGGAAUUUGCAAAUGUAGUCCUGGAUAUUAUCAACGUGAAUACAGAAGUUGCCGUCCAGAAACGAAAGGUGUUGGUGAAAAAUGUUUCAUAAAUAACGACUGCAGAUUUAACAGUACUGCAUUUUGCGAUAUUGAGAAUACAUGUGCUUUGCCGGAUAAAAGCGUCCACAUAUCAAAAUCCUUAAACGAUGACGACGUUACUCAAAAUAGUUACUCGUUUCAAAAAGCAAUUAGCAAUUGUACAGAGAAUAAGCAUUGCGAACGCUUAGACGCAUAUUGUGACCCUAUUACUCAGACCUGUACAUGUCGUCGAGCUCAUUUCUUUGUUGAAGAAGUUGGUAAAUGCAUUCCAGAGCUUGGUGAACCGUGCCAACCUUCCGAUAACGCUGUUAUCGAGUAUUCGGAAUGUCGAAAUGGCAGGUGGCAUUGUGAAAUAGAAAGAGUUGCUACUGAAGACAAUAGAGAAUGUGCAAAAGCAAUUAGAAGAUACGCGUAUUCUUGUCAAUCAGAUAUACAGUGUUAUAUUUUUGGGCCGGAUGCGAUUUGUUACAAUGAAGAAUGUGUUUGUAACGAAAAUUCUCGAUUUGAUGAAGCUGAAUUAUUCUGUUGGAUAAAGAAAAGAAUUGGUGAAGAAUGUCAACAAGAAGUAGAUUGCUAUCUUAGUGAUAACACUACUAAAUUAUCUUGCACAAAAAACAUAUGUUCAUGUCCAAAUGGAACUAUUCCGAAUUCCAAAAAAACAGCUUGCGUCGAAACUUCAGCAGGACUUGGAAAGAGAUGCGAGAAAGAUAAUCAAUGCGUUACAAAAAAUGCAGCAUGCGUGAACGAAACUUGUGCUUGUGAAACUUAUUACUACGAAUUAGAUAACGAAUGUGUGUCAGGUAUCAAUUCUAAUUGCACUAAUGACGAGGAGUGUAAACCAGAAAAUUCAAAGUGUCUCUCAAAUGUUUGCAGUUGUGUAGAAGGAUACGUAGCUCCAUCGGUCAACUUGUGUAAACCAGUUGCAUCGUUUGGUAAACCAUGCGAGGAGGACAUUCAGUGUUUCGCUGGUGUAUCAGAUAGUAUUUGUUUAAACAAAAAUAAUUCGACUGAAGACUCAAUAUGUGGUUGUCCUGAAGGAUAUCAUCUCAAAUUGAAUGGAUGUUUUAAACGUAAAGUCCUUGGUAUGAAAUGUGAUAAUCUGGGGGAAUGUUAUCUGGAUGCCAACAAAAAUCGAGCGGUCUGCAAGAAUGGGAUUUGCUCAUGCGAUUGGAAUUACAUCGAAGGAAACAAAACUAUGUGUAGAUUACAUGAAGAGUAUAAUAUCCACAACCAUAAUAGUAGCAGUAUUGCAAAUGUUUCGACGUGGCUGCUUUCACUACUAUUAUUGAUAAGUUGUUUAUUUAAUCGUUGAAUAUAUUACAUAAGGUACUUAUCUCAAAU